GUAUGGUCUUGUGUGUAUACAACCUAAUAAGCACACCGACGUGCUAAAAAGCGUGUGUGAAAGUAGACUUGAAAGAAAAAAUUUGUCUCUCCAACAAGUCUCGCAGUCCAACAAAGUAAAUCAAAAUGUCGCGGCAAACGAGGCCAGCGUGUGUGAAGCGCGUAGAGCGCCCAGCAAGGGCACUCCUGCCAAUCGCGAUUUUGCCAACUCUGGAUCAUAAUGGUAUUUUUUUUUCGCGUUUCAGAAUGCAUACCACCAUCAAAGAAUCAAGUUUUUACAUAUUUGUGUAGGUGUCUGAAGCGCUCAAGAAAUGGUCGCGUUAUUUCAAUACAGUUUUUUACGCCUUCGCCUACAACAAGCAGAAGAAGACGAAAGAUGGAGGGAAUUUGCGUGGAUCGAAAAACGCGUUCUCCGAGCCCGAGCUGCACAGUGGGUUUGUGGCGGAUUCUCGACGUGUAUUGAAAGAAAAUUCAUACGUUGUUCAGUUUGCGCACCAUUUCGUCAAAAGAAAGAGAUGAAACUCUUCAGAUAAUUUGUUCUGUGAUUUCUCUUCCUUCAUAGUUUCACACUUUACGCUCAAGAAAUAUUAGAGCCACUUUUUUUUUAUUUUUUAUGCAGAAAAUGAAAAGUAACUGUAACAAAAAGUCAGGAACACAUAAACAAAUUAAUAUUACCCAAAAACAGACUCCGGGGUCAGUCUUGGAACUGGAUGUUUCGAGGAGAACUGCAAAUGAAGAAGCUGACCGCGCGGAGAAGACUGAGAACGAAGCGACGGAGGAGGAAAAGCGAGAGGUCAAGACCGCCGAGGGGACCAACGUCGGUGCCAGCAAGCAACAAACGGAGUUUGCGGUCGAGGCGUCCAGGUCAGAGUCGCGCAGCGAAAAGACAUACCAGGGAAACAAGGAAAACAAAGAUCAUGCGCAUGCCGGCGAAGGACAGAGCCAGACACAGGAGGUCAAGAUGGACGAGAAACAAAUGACGCAAAAAAAAAACGGAAAACAAAGAAGAACAAAACAAAAGCCCGGCCUAUGGCCGGAAGAAGGGGUCCUAAACGGGCCCUAAAAACCUUUAAAAGCUAUGACUUAAGUACUUACUACAAACAUUUACCUUGACUACCAAAACAAAUUAAAGAUGUAACAAGCGAUCGAAAUGAAAUUGAAAAGCAAGGCGGCUUGUCUUCAGAGAAAGAUCAUAUCACGGCGAAAAGCCUCAGGCUAUCGUACAGAUUUAAUAGUUAUGUAAAAAACUCAUCCACACCGACCCACCCCUUGACGAACGUUGUAAUAAGAUACGUACAUCAAUAAGGAGCAAGCGAUUAAAACCGUGCAUUCUACUUCACCUGAAGCGAUAUCUUGACAAAACGCGCAUCUCACAAAAUUCAUCAAUAAAUGCGAAUUUACUUCUCUUAGUGUGGGCCUCCGCUUCAACCAAGCUGCAGCUCCAACCAAGCUGCAUCUUCGACGAGAACGAGUUUUGCACACACGAACGGACCCCACUUUUAACUCUCUGCGCAAUACCCCCGACAGGGUAGAUGAUGAUGAUGAUUCGACUAUCGCUGCGCCUCUAUCUCGGGCUUGACUUUUGAACACAAAAUUAUGUACCUGUUUGUGAAGCAUGGAAAUGGAUUUUGCAGUGCUAUACAUAGGAAUAUGAUACGCCAUGAUCAGUAGUUGGUGAAAGUCAAGCCCUCCAUUUCUUGUGUGUUUGCGUAUCGAUGGCGAGUUGACAAAAACGCAUUGCACUUUCGGGUUUUUUCGUCGUAUUGCGUUUGUAUGUAUUUAUAAAUGAGUGGCUUCUACUAUUUGUCGGUCUUCUUCUCCUCCCGUGUGUACAAAUUUUGUAUUUGUACGGAGAUUUCACAAGCCGAAGCACCAUGCGAGCUUGCUUUCGAUGACC